AUGGACCAAACUCUAUAUUUCAUCCUUCUCACUGCUCUCUGCUCUGUAUCUCAAUGUGUUCAGCGUCAGUAUCACUUUAUAAAUGAGAAGAAGAACUGGACUGGAGCUCAGAGACACUGCAGAGAGAAAUACACAGAUCUGGCCACCACUGAUGACAUGAACGACAUGAAGGAGCUGAACAAGAGUGUGACUGAUAGAAGUCUUGAGUAUGUCUGGAUUGGGCUGCAGAAGACGGGUCGUGAUGAAUGGCAGUGGUCUUCAGGUGAACCUGCGCUCUAUCUGAACUGGGCUUCUGGACAACCACAAGAUAGAGGAGAAGAGUGUGGUAUGAUGACAAGUGGACAAUGGCAUGAUUCGCCAUGUAGUGAUAACCUGCCCUUCAUCUGCAACAACACAAACACAGGAAUCGUCCUUGUCAAUCAGAUGAUGAAUUGGAGAGACGCUCAGAGUUACUGCAGACAGAAUCACUCCGAUCUGGUCACUGUGAAGAACCAGAAUGAGAAUCAACAGGUUCAGAAGAUCAUCAAUGAUAAUACUUUAUCUGGAUCAUAUGUCUGGAUCGGUCUGUUCAGAGACUCAUGGCAGUGGUCAGAUCAGAGUAACUCCUCAUUCAGAUACUGGAAAAUUGGUCAACCUGAUAAUGAUGGAGUGAUCGAGAGGAAUCUGACGUGGGCUGAAGCUCUGAGAUACUGCAGACAGAAUCAUGUGGAUCUGCUCUCGGUUCAUUCAGAAGAGAUUCAGCGUCGUGUGAUGAACGUGGUUAAACGAGCGUCUACUGAGGCAGUGUGGUUGGGUUUACACAACUACUGCGUCAUGAACAUGUGGCUCUGGCUGAGUGGAGAGGUCGUGUGCUAUCAGAACUGGGCUCCAGGGAACGGAACGACACCCGAAAACUGCAAACUGGAGAACAGAAAAGGAGCAGUUCAGUCUGGAGGAGAUCAGCGCUGGAUCAGCCUUCCUGAAUCUCACAAACUCAACUUCAUCUGCAGCAGAAAUUAAGAGCUAAAGUGUUUACUUACAUUAACAA